AUGAGUUAUGCUAAUAGGAAGGUUCACGAUGUAGCCUUUUUGGAGGGUGAGAAGGUGCUUCUCCGAGUUUUGCUUUUGAAUGGCAUGAGGAGGUUCAGGAAGAAGGGAAAGAUGAGCCCUCGGUACAUUGGUUCAUUUGAGGUUAUGGAGAGAGUGGGCGAUGUGGCUUACAGGAUUACUUUGCCAUCCAACUUGUGGGGAGUUCGUCAUGUGUUUAGUGUUUCCAUGCUUUGGAAGUAUCAUAAGGAUCAGUCACAUGUGUUAAAUUUCAGUUCGGUGCAGUUGGAUGAGAACUUGACUUAUGAGGAGGAACCAGUGGCCAUCUUGGAAAAGCAGGUUCGGAAGCUCAGAUUGAAGGAUAUUGCACCAGUGAAGGUUCAGUGGAGAGGUCAAUCAUUCGAAGCCGACUUGGGAGACCGAGCAUGA